GUCGAAAAGACGCUUCGAUUUGUUGUUUUCAAUUGCACUUCUGCGAGUCAUUUAGUUUCUUUCUACUUUGGAAAUUUCACCAGCCAAGGAAUUGUGUUUACCUUUUGAAACCAGGAUUACUUUCGGACAGGAUCGAAAUGGCGUUACCACAGAAUUAUCGCCAAAACGCCAUGGCUUCGCCGGCACCCAUUCCAAGUACCGGUUCAUCUCAUGCCAUGAGUCACAACCAUGGAAUGCCUGUUUCAUUUAACAUUCUCAAAGAACGUUUAAGGGCAUCUGGCUCCCAAGGAAUGUCCAAAGAUGCAAGCAAUCAAAACCCAUUUGUUAUGAAUCCUCAUGGUCACCCACAGUUUAAUCCCCAAAAACUUGGAACUAAGUUCGCAUCGGCUGGAAGUAGCAGCUUGAAGCCACCUAAAGCUCCUGAGAAGCCAUUAAUGCCCUAUAUGAGGUACUCCCGAAAAGUUUGGGAUGAAGUGAAAGGAGCCAAUCAAGAAUUGAAAUUGUGGGAGAUUGGAAAAAUCAUCGGUCAAAUGUGGCGCGAUCUUCCUGAUGUCGAUAAACAAGAAUUUGUGGAAGAGUACGAAACGGAGAAGAUUGAAUACGAGCGCACACUAAAAGCCUACCACAACUCCCCAGCUUAUCAGGCAUAUAUCACAGCCAAGAGCAAAGCUCAACAAGGUGGCGAUGAGAAAGAAUCGGCUAGCGAACGAGGCAUGUCAGCUAAGGCAGGCUUCAGUGACAGACGUAUUGAAAUCCAGCCGGCAGAGGAUGAAGAGGAUAUUGACGACGGCAUGUCCGUUAAGCAUGUGGCCCAUGCGCGUUAUGUUCGUAAUCAUAGAUUAGUUCACGAAAUCUUCUCGGAUGUCGUGGUGCCAGAUGUUCGCUCAGUCGUCACAACAGCUCGCAUGCAGGUAUUGAAGAGGCAGGUGCAUUCAUUGACGAUGCACCAGAAGAAACUGGAAACGGAAUUGCAACAGAUCGAGGAGAAAUUCGACUCGAAGAAGCGCAAGUUUGUCGAGUCGAGUGCCGCAUUCCAAGACGAUCUGAUACGCACGUGUCGAAAACCGAUUGAUGAAGAGACCUUCCAACAAAUGGUUGAGCAACAAACAGAAAUCAUCAAGAAGGAACGUGAAAGGGAGAAAGAGCGUCAAAAUGAACUUAUGCGUGAACGUGAAGCUGCUGCUGCCGUGGCUGCUUUGCAAGCUGAAAAGGAGGCAGCGAUCGCUGCAGCUGCUGCAGCAGCAAGUGCAGCUUCUGCUCCUGCAGAAGCCAUGGAAACCGAAGACGUCCCUACACCUGAAGUUAAAGAAGAAAGCACAACGGCAGCUCCUCCUGCAUCUACGACUUUAAGUGUGUCAUCUGAAGCUAAGGCUGUAGAAACUGCUGCCCCUGUGCCCGAAGAAACACCGUCUGCACCAGUUCCGAUGGAAACAGAAGAAAUGACGCCCACCACUGAGGCUGUUAAAGUAGAUGAGAUUCCAAGCCAAGAACCUUCACAAGCUGCAUUUGUUCCACCGCAAGCUCCUGUGGUAGAAACUCCAGCUGUUCCAGUUGUCGAAACUGCCCCUGUGGUUGAGCCCGUCCCAAUGGCGGAAACGACGUCGGUUAUAGAAAAACCUGCAUUGGUAGAAAGUACGUCACACGUGGAAAUUGCUCCAGUAGCUACUCCUGUUGCCGAAUCUGAUUCAGUUGCUGAUACUGCUUUGCCAGUGAGACCAAAUGUCAUUACUCAUCCUUCGGUCGAACCGCCACCAUGUCCUCCAGUACUUCAAGGUGCUCAACCAGAAACUUUGUUGGCUCCUCCAAUAAUUGAAGCUGCUCCUGAGCCGUGUGCGGAUUUAACAGCUCCUGAAUCUACCUCACAUUCUCAUGAAACCCAUGAACCGCCGAUUCAGCAGCCUGUUGAAGAUGUCCCUGUUUCUUCUGAGCAACCUAUUGCCACUGCAAUUCCUACAGAAACGCCAUCGCCCGUUGAAGCACCUCCUACUGUCGUGCCGACCAACGAAUCAAUCCCAACCAAUCAACCUGCUAGUGUCCCUAGCGAACCAGUAUUGAAAGAGCAACCUGUCGAACCAGAACCUGUCACAGACAAGGUAGCUACUGAGGUACAGGAAGCAACGUUUCAGAAUCUACCCCUAUUUCGAACGAAAUCGUCGCAACAGAAAACAUCGCACAAGAGGAACAAACAGGACAACAACAAUCUGAUGUCACUCAGACAACCGAGUCUCACGCACAGCCGACCACCGAAGCAUGAUUUCAAAAUAAGCCAGUUUGUAUACGAUUAAUUUACCUUAAAAUGUUUCCUUUACGCGAUGGUAACACGUGCAGGAAUUCUUUCCCAUGUGAAAUCGAGGCAACAGGAAAAGGAUUGCUAUCUGGAAACAAUAACA